AUGUUCUGGUCCCCAGAUAAGUUUGUGAGAUCCCCUGGGAGCUCAGCGUCUGGUGUGGCUCUCGCCCUUGCAAGCUUGGGUGGUCGUGUUGAAUUCAUGGGGAAGCUUGGCGACGAUGAGUAUGGUCAAACCGUGCUCUAUCAUCUUAAUGCCAACCAAGUCCAAACUCGCUCGAUCAAGAUUGAUGCCUCGAAGCCUACAGCCGUGUCCCGAAUGAAGCUCGCCAGGAGGGGCGGCCUGAAAACGACUUGUACCAAGCCCUGUGCUGAGGAUAGCUUCCUGAGUUCCGAGGUCAACGUCGAUGUGCUGAAGGAGGUAAUUUUUUUCUACCCUUAUUUAGAUAAUUGUAUCUGUUUCUACUAGUUCAUGGCUGAAUCCUGUUUCUUUCUCGUUCAGGCAAAGAUGUUCUACUUCAAUUCCUCAUCUCUGCUCAACGAGAACCUGAGGAGGACAGCAAUGCGGGCCGUCAAGGCCUCAAAGAAGCUCGGAGGGGUCAUCUUCUUUGACUUGAACCUCCCUCUGCCGCUGUGGCAGUCCAACGAGGAGACCAAGGCGUUCAUCAAGGAAGCCUGGGAAUGUGCCGACAUCGCCGAGCUCACAAAGCAGGAACUCGAGUUCCUCUGCGGGAUCGAGCCAGUCGAAGAAUUCGACACCAAAAACAACGCAAAGUCCAAGUUUGCCCACCACAAAUAUGAAGCAGUGAAGUCGUUGUGGCACGAAAACCUCAAGGUGCUCUUCGUGACCAAUGGGACCUCAAAAAUACACUACUACACCGAGAAGGACGAGGGCUGGGUGCGAGGCAUGGAGGACGCGCCGAUCACACCCUUCACCGGCGAUAUGUCCGCAUCAGGGGACGCCAUUGUAGCCGGUAAGCCUCUCUGGUGGUCUAAAUCAGCCAUGAUCGACUGGCGCGGCCCGCCAAGGCUUUAGCUCCUGUAUAUCGGCGUUGAUCAUGGUUUUGGUCUGGUUUCAGCUCUCAUGAGGAUGCUUUCGGUUCAGCCGCAUCUGGCGACGGACAAGGGCUAUCUAGAGCACGUGACCAAGUAUGCCAUCACCUGCGGGGUCAUCGAUCAGUGGACGGCCUCACGGGUUUACGGGUUCCCCCCCAAGGAAGGGUUCGAAGGCGUGCCCGACGAAAACGGGGUGAGAUCCAUCUCCGAGAAGGAGUUCCGCACAGUGGGUUCCUUCGCCGAUUGA